CUAAAGAAUGGUACACUACCACAAUCAAUCAAGACUCUAUCCUUUGGUUUCUAUUAUAAGAUGCAGUUGUAUAAGGAUGGUCUGCCUCACUCACUCACUCAGCUGAACUUUGGCGACCAUUACAAGGCCUCUAUCGGGCCAGGCACUCUCCCGACCAGCCUCCUCUAUCUCACAUUCGGCCAAGCAUACAAUCAACCGCUGGCUGUUGAUGUCUUACCCUACUCGCUGACAUAUCUCGCGUUUGGAGCGUUCUACGACCAACAUAUUGGCAUCAAUGUCUUGCCAGAGAGGCUGCGCACGCUCUUCUUUGGCAACGACUUUAACAAACCUUUGUCACACCAAGGCCAGUUGCCCGACACACUGACUAAUCUGACCUUUGGCCAGCAGUUCAAGAGUGCCCUGCUCCCAGGCCAACUACCUCAAUCAUUGACCAGGUUGUCACUGUACAACUAUUAUACGAAGGAGAUUGGACCUAAUACCUUGCCCCAAUCACUCACUUGGCUAUCCUUGGGCAAGAACUUCAAUCACAUGCUCGAGCCUGGGGUGCUCCCCAACACGCUCACAUCACUCACCUUUGGAGAGAACUUCAACAAGCAAAUUGUGCGUGGUGCCCUUCCACCAUCGCUCACAUUCUUAAAGUUUGGAGUGUACUUCAAUCAGUAUCUUGAAUCACCCCUCACGGCCAAGAUGUUGCCCAGUCAGCUCACCAAGUUGACAUACACAGGCAACCAACCUAUCUCCCCCGGUACACUGCCAGAAUCAAUUACCGAGCUGAUGCUUGGCAACAAGUUCAAUCAACCAUUGCUACAAGGUGUACUGCCGGCUUCAAUCACACGACUUGGCAUUGGUGAGGGAUUCUUUCAACAUCGUAGCAAUGUCUGUCUGCCACCCAACCUCAAAUACCUCUCGAUCAUCAACCUGUGUAUACAUGGCUCAUAUCUUCAUAGUCUGGCAUCGCAGGAUAGAGGCGAGUUGGAGGUGCGUGUACUCAACUCCAACUCUGACCUUCGAUCACAUCCUGAAAUAGACGUACUGGACUAUCCCAUCACGACACACUUGUUGGGCCUGCAAAUGGAGUUCAGCUACUAUUAUGUUGCCAAACAUAUACUGGCUGCUUUGGCCAACGUGCGUUAUGUGGGUACAUACCUGCUUAGCUUCACAAAUAAUCAAUGUAGGACAGUUUAUCAUAUUCGAUUCAUUGAUGAUUAUCGUGUGAUGGCAUUGAUCUAUGAACACAGUCAGGUUACAAUUGGUGGUAGACCAAGAAUCAGAACAAACUAUUGUAUUGGCAAUGUUGUCCAACUACUCAGUCGAGCCAAGGACCAACAUGUACUCUUCCCCUACGAGCAAUCAUACAACUACUUCUAUGACCCUUCAACUACC